CGUCUUUGAUCUGGGGCGAAGGGACGUCGUUUUCCCGCUCUUCCUCCCUCAGAGUCCGCUGCUGCCUCCCCUUGGAGAUAUGGCGUGCAUGGACAGAUAUCGGUGCUGCACGGACUCACGGGGGCAGAGCAGUAUUCUCUACAACAUACUGAAGAGCGAGGAGCUGCAGCAGCAAGAAGAGACCAGCCGGCAGCAGCCCCCGCCUCAACCGGGCCAGGGGCCCUACGUGCCGGCUCUCGGCUGCUCGUGCGGUAGGCAGAGGCGCGUGGCCCUCAAGAACCAGCAGGUCGCAUGCAAGGCGGCUUCGGCCGUGUUGGUGAAAACGCUGCGCUUCGUAAAGAACGUGCCCUGCUUUCAGGAGCUGCCUCUGGACGAGCAGCUGGUGCUUGUGCGCAGCUGUUGGGCUCCCCUGCUCGUGCUGGGGCUGGCCCAGGAUCGAGUGCACUUCGAGACGGUAGAGACGACGGAGCUCAGCAUGCUCCACAGGAUACUGACCAACAAGCGCUGCGAUGAAGAGCAGCGGCGGCGGAGGCAGCUCCAGUUGCUGCGCGAGACGCAGGGGGAGUUGGGCCAGAGCUGCGGGAAUGGGGAUGGAAGUAGCGGCGGCGGCGGCAACGCCGAGCUACCGUCGGCGGCAGAAAUCCAAAGCAUCAAAGGCUUUUUGGCCAAAUGUUGGAGUUUGGAUAUAAGCACCAAGGAGUAUGCCUACCUCAAGGGGACGGUUCUCUUCAAUCCGGAGUUGCCAGGGCUGCACUGUGUGCAGUACAUCCAAGGACUGCAGCAAGAAGCACAACAAGCCCUAAAUGAACACGUCAGACUGAUUCACAGAGAAGACCAGGACAGAUUUGCCAAACUGAAUGUGGCUCUUUCUAUGCUUGGAUCAAUUAAUGCCAGUGUUAUUGCAGAACUUUUUUUCAGGCCCAUUAUUGGAACAGUAAAUAUGGAUGACAUGUUGUUGGAGAUGCUUUGUGCAAAAUUAUGAAAUCAUAUGUGAGUGAGGCAUGACAAUUUAGUGUGAAAAGUCUUGACAACAAAAUAGUGUAAAAUAUUGUAAAAUAAACUAACUUAUUGCUUUAAAGUGGCAAUAUGUUUGCAUUCAGCAA